AUGGAUCCAGAGAUGGACUACGAGGCGCUCAACCGUACCAACUGGGACGAGCGCGCCCCCGUCCACGCCGCGUCUCGAGACUACCACGUCCAAGACUUCAUCUCCGACGCAAACUUCCUCAGCGACGUUGUUAAGUUUGACCGGGCGCUCCUUGGCGACAUCACCGGCCUGGCGUGCGUACACCUGCAGUGCCACAUCGGCACCGACACGCUGAGCCUCGCACGGCUGGGCGCGGCUUCCGUGACGGGGCUAGACUUCUCCGGCGCAUCGCUCGCCCAAGCGCGCAAACUCGCGAGCGCCACGGACGGCACGGGCGGCGAGAGGCUGAGCUUUGUCGAGGCAUCCGUGUACGACGCCCCCGCUGUGCUGCCCCAGGGGUCGUUCGAUCUCGUCUACACGGGCAUAGGGGCGCUCUGCUGGCUCCCCAGCGUGGCGCAGUGGGCGAAAGUGGUGCGCAGCCUGCUCAACCCAGGGGGGCGAUUGUUUGUGCGCGAUGGUCACCCCGUGCUCUUGGCCCUAGACGAGGCGCGCACCGAUGAUCCGGUGCUCGGCUGGUCGUACUUUGAGCGCGGCGGGGAGCCGACGAUAUUUGACGAGGCGGAGACAUAUGUCCACACGGGGGGAUACAAGUUCCAAGCAACGCGAACGGCGUCGUUUAACCACGGUAUCGCGGAGAUGGUGCAGGCGCUGCUGGACGAGGGGAUGAGGGUGACGGGGUUGGUCGAGCAUCAGAGCGUCCCUUGGAACGCCUUGCCGGGGCAAAUGACCAAAGAUGAGAGCGGGGAGUGGUCGUUGACUGAUCGGCCAUGGCGAUUGCCUCAUUCAUUCACGUUGCAGGCCGUCAAGGAGUGA